AUGUUUAUUCUUCCUAAGUUUUAUCGCAAUAAAAUGAAGGUCGUUGUGGUAUUUUCUACUCUUUUUGUCUUGUCGAUACUACGUGUUUGUCAUUGUAAAGACGAUCCUGUCAGUACAAAGGAAACUGUUGCUCCAGUUACUGAGUCAGCUGGAAAUGUUGAUGGAACCAUUGAUCUUGCCAAUACAGAUGAGCCAAAGUUAAAGACAAAUAUCAAAAAUGGCAAUGGAGUAGUAUUCAAGGAAUAUUGCGUAGAGGACUGCCACGUAACAUCUGUUGUUGACGGUGAUAGGGAACUGUGGAAAUCUUCUGGAGAUGAAAAGUGCCUAUUAGCGGGAUCUUAUACAAGUGGAAAUGAAGUGGUUCUCUACCUAGAAAUCGAUGACAAUGGUAAUGAGAAGUUUAAAUACUUUGAGAAAGUAGGCGGAGCAUGGAGUGAGAUUGACCUAGAUUCACUUGUUAGUAAGGCAAGUACAAUGGUAAAAGGAGGUACUCAUACUCUGUCCGAAACUAGUGAGUACUAG